AUCACACUAUAUUCUCAUACUUGCAUUUGUACACCUUGCAAACCAAUCUGUAUGGAUAUGCGUAGGUUCGCAUUCUUCUACGUAUUAAUGAUAUGGAGCGACCAAGCAAGCGAUUGCCUUGCUGCGAAACAGAAAAACCGUCAAUUUGAUCCGUGGUUCGGCGAUGAAGUUAGUAUGCAUUAUGGUGAGUACGUUGCAGGGCUUGUUCUGAGCACCAUAAAAGAGAAGGCUGACCUGAAGCUCGAGCAGCAGGAAGCGGAAGGCCACACCCACGGAUACCUUCGUGUUAACGAGGCUCCUAUUCGCGGAAUUGAGAGCUUCAAGUUUCUGAUCUUGCAGUCUCAGAUUGUAGACAAGGUUCACGACGUCGUGAUGCGCAUUCGAGCUUCAGCCCUGGAAUGUGUCGCUCCCAUCGAAGGACGGAUAAAUGACGUGGUGAUGUCCCCACCGCUGAUGGUCCGCUUGACACAGAAAAGCUGUACUUUUGACAUCAUUCUCACCGUGAAGGAAGGGAUGGUUAACGUGUCAUCUGUCACCUACAAAGCAGGAGAAGUACCAACAGUCUCUUCCAACGAUGGCCGCUAUCCGACCGUAAGUGUCAUGCAAGACCACAUUGUGGAGGUGUACCUAGAAAACACAAAAAACGAGCUACCGAAGCAACUGAAGCGUAUGCUUACAGGAAAUCACAUAUUUGAUCUCGGCUUGUUUCACGUCAAGAGACAUAGUGAUAGAUUGGAGAGACUUUUCAGCGACUUUGAGGCUCAUGUUGAAAGAGUCGUUGAGACCACUCAUUUUUUGCUAAGAGACGAGCUGUAACGAGCAAGAUAACAUGAAAAUUUUCACCCAAUAUAUAUUGCGGGUCAUCCCACACGUACACGAAACUAAACAGCGUAUUGUCGAAUAUCCCUUCUUAACAACACAACCUUAGCUAUCUAGUUCGCUUUCCAUUAUUACGUUGUUAUUACCGUUGCACGGCACGAGAUGCAGGAAAACAUUGUAUGGCAGGUACACUAAUCGUACACACGCCAGCUUUCGUGCUUGUGUAACUGGAAUAACGCACAAAUGCUUGCACUGACACAUUGUAUUGGUGGAAUCGUUAAUAAAAGACAUGUUUUAACCAGUU